AACAACAACAAAUUCAAGCACAAGUUUAGAUUUACUUUUUUUUUUUUGUCUCCUUAUUUGAUUUUCUUUGCUUCUUUUAGAACUACCUCACAAAUUUACAAGCAAAAACUAAUGAGAUGUUAGAAGCUACACAAAAAACGUCAUCGUCAUCAGAAAAAGGAAAUUCUGUUAAAGACGAUGCUCUUAUAAUUCCUGCACCUGUUUAUAAACAACUUUUACAAGCUUAUGCUGAAGAACAUGCUAUUCAAGAUUUAUUAUUUUAUCUUGCUGAUGGACUUCGAAGAAAAUCUAUUGGAUUAGAUACUUAUUUAAAACAUAUUAGAGAACUUUCUCGAAAACAAUUUAUUUUAAGAGCUACAAUGCGUAAAUGUCGACAAGUUGCUGGCUUACCUUCAAAAUAA